GAUAUCACAGUGAGCUAGUUAAUAGUUGUCACGAACAAUCUGUAUCUCAGAUAUCACAAUACACAGGACACCAUCAAGAUGGCGUGGCUGGUUUUGGCAACAACGACACUGCUUCUGUCGUCCUCUCUCGCCGUGUUCGAGCCUGGCUGCAGCUUCAUGAACAACCAAUGUGUCUACAAUGUCAAACUGGGACAUGAGGGUCAAUGUGAUGCCCAGGGAACAGCGACCACUACCGGAGGGGGGACCGACACCUGCUGUAAUGGCGUACAGGGCAAUAUGAACAAUCUACAGGGCGUGGUCGACGGACUCGUCAAGCAGAUGCAUGAUGUUCAGCAGAAACUGGGAAUUAGCCAAUCAUCGUCUGUCCUACUGAACAAAACAACCAAUGAGAGGGACCAGCUACUGCAAGCACUGGAAAACAAAGCAGCUGAACUGAACAGCUCGCAAGCGAACCUGGCGCACCUUGUACAGCAAUCGGCCAAUUUAAUCCAGAGCUUUAAGGAGGAAAUCGCCAACCUGACCCGAGACCUUAACAACUGUAGAGGCGUCCUUGGUCUCCAAACAAGCAAUGUCAGCCAGUCCACAGCGCCAGGUGACUACACCAUGUCAUUGUGCACAUUCGAGAAUGACACUUGCGGAUACAUUGAUCUAUCUUCUAAGAACCAUUGGCAGAUUGGACAACGUGCAGUGGCAAGUUCUUCUGGCCCUCGGGAAGAUCACACUACCGGCGCAGUAAAAGGAAGCUACAUGUACAUUGAUCCGAAGUCAGGAGAUUACGAUUACAACCAACGGAACAGAACAUUCUACCUCGCCUCCCCCGAGUUCCGCCCCGCCCCCGCCUACUGUGUCAGGUUCUGGUACAACAUGUACGGGGCAGACACCAGAUCUCUCCUGGUCUACGCCAAGGUUGGUUCAGGUCUUGGUUAUCCCAUAUGGCGUAGCUAUGGCAACCAAGGACAAACAUGGCAUCUUGGCGAGAUCAACGUAGACCCUGAAUUCACAGGACAUCCCUUCAAGGUGGUGUUUGCAGCAAUGACUGAUGCCUACAUGAUCAGAAUGUCAUAUACCCCAUACUACAGGGCAAGCAACACACGAGACAACAUAGCGAUCGACGAUGUUUUCGUGUACAACACAACCUGCAGACAUAUCCCCACCUGUCCACCGGGAGCAGUAACACGCAGGGGAGCUAACUCUUCCUCGUGCUACACUUUCCACACAACUCCUAAACCCUGGUACAAGAGUGCUGAGGCCUGCCGGCAAGAGGGCGCCACCUCACACCUGGUGGCGAUCACAUCUAAGGAAGAGCAGGACUUCAUUGUGAGCAGCAUCAAACAAAGUGCUGUGUUGAAUGCAGCUGGUAGCUAUGGCUGGUACACAACCGGAAAUGACGAAGGGUACGAGGGUCAUUUCGAUUGGACAGAUACCGGCACUCCCUACCACAGUGCGUACAGCGACUGGCAUCAGGGACAGCCCAACAACGUUGCCAACGACCAGGACUGUCUACUGCUUCAAUACGCUAGCGCCAACUACGAAUGGGGAGACGUCGGAUGCGACGAGGCCCACCCCUAUAUCUGUGAAGUAGACCUGCCUGUAGUUUAAGGCAACACAGUUAAUGUAACAGUAUAUCUACAUUGUAAUUACUCGGGCAAAAUGUAACAGUAUGUCUACAUUGUAAUUACUCAGACACAAUGUAACAGUGUGUCUACAUUGUAAUUACUCAGACACAAUGUGACAGUAUGUCUACAUUGUAAUUACUCAGACACAAUGUAACAGUAUGUCUACAUUGUAAUUACUCGGACCCAAUGUAACAGUAUGCCUACAUUGUAAUUACUCGGACAUAUUGUAACAGUAUGUCUACAUUGUAAUUACUCGGACAUAUUGUAACAGUAUGUCUACAUUGUAAUUACUCAGACAUAAUGUAACAGUAUGUCUACAUUGUAAUUACUCGGACAUAUUGAAACAGUAUGUCUACAUUGUAAUUACUCAGACAUAAUGUAACAGUAUGUCUACAUUGUAAUUACUCAGACACAAUGUAACAGUAUGUCUACAUUGUAAUUACUCGGACAUAAUGUAACAGUAUAUCUACAUUGGAAUUACUCGGAAAUAAUGUAACAGUAUAUCUACAUUGUAAUUACUCGAACGUAAUGUAACACUAUAUCUACAUUUUAAUAACUCAGACAUAAUGUAACAGUAUGUCUACAUUGGAAUUACUCGGAAAUAAUGUAACAGUAUAUCUACAUUGUAAUUACUCGGACAUAUUGUAACAGUAUGUCUACAUUGUAAUUACUUAGACAUAAUGUAACAGUAUAUCUACAUUGGAAUUACUCGGAAAUAAUGUAACAGUAUAUCUACAUUGUAAUUACUCGGACAUAAUGUAACAUUAUAUCUACAUUGUAAUUACUCGAACAUAAUGUAACACUCUAUCUACAUUGUAAUUACUCGGACAUAAUGUAACAGUAUAUCUACAUUGUUAUUACUCGAACAUAAUGUAACACUCUAUCUACAUUGUAAUUACUCGGACAUAAUGUAACAGUAUAUCUACAUUGUAAUGACUCGGACAUAAUGUAACAGUAUAUCUACAUUGUAAUUACUCGAACAUAAUCUAACACUCUAUCUACAUUGUAAUUACUCGGACAUAAUGUAACAGUAUAUCUACAUUGUAAUUACUUGGACAUAAUGUAACAGUAUAUCUACAUUGUAAUUACUCGGACAUAUUGCAACAGUAUAUCUACAUUGUAAUUACUUAGACAUAAUGUAACAGUAUAUCUACAUUGGAAUUACUCGGAAAUAAUGUAACAGUAUAUCUACAUUGUAAUUACUCAGACAUAAUGUAACAGUAUGUCUACAUUGUAAUUACUCGGACAUAAUGUAACAGUAUGUCUACAUUGUAAUUACUCAGACAUAAUGUAACAGUAUGUCUACAUUGUAAUUACUCAGACACAAUGUAACAGUAUGUCUACAUUGUAAUUACUCGGACAUAAUGUAACAGUAUAUCUACAUUGGAAUUACUCGGAAAUAAUGUAACAGUAUAUCUACAUUGUAAUUACUCGAACGUAAUGUAACACUAUAUCUACAUUUUAAUAACUCAGACAUAAUGUAACAGUAUGUCUACAUUGGAAUUACUCGGAAAUAAUGUAACAGUAUAUCUACAUUGUAAUUACUCGGACAUAUUGUAACAGUAUGUCUACAUUGUAAUUACUUAGACAUAAUGUAACAGUAUAUCUACAUUGGAAUUACUCGGAAAUAAUGUAACAGUAUAUCUACAUUGUAAUUACUCGGACAUAAUGUAACAUUAUAUCUACAUUGUAAUUACUCGAACAUAAUGUAACACUCUAUCUACAUUGUAAUUA